AUGGUCUUCACCCGUCAUAUUACUGGAUAUUUUCAAGUACCAUUAGAUAAAGCAGAUCAACCAAAAACAGCAUUUUCAACACGAGAUGGGCAUUUUCAAUUUAAAGUAUUAUCACAAGGCCUUACUAAUGGGCCACCAACAUUUCAACGUAUUGUUAAUCAAAUUUUAGGUCCAAACAGAUGGAAACAUGUACUCGCCUAUAUCGAUGAUAUUAUUAUUUACUCACAAAAUUUUAAUGAACAUUUAAAACAUAUCGAAGAAGUAUGUUUAUUAUUACAUGAAGCAAAUUUUAAAUCAAAUGUUGAUAAAUGCGAAGUUGCAAGAACAGAAAUAUUAUUUCUUGGACACUUAAUUAAAGCAGGUACUAUUAAACCUGAUCCAGACACCAUCCGUGGUUUGACUGAAACACGUGAACCAACAUCAGCUGAAGAAGCAUUUAGAUUCGUCAAAGCAGCAGAAUAUUACCGAAAAUUUAUUCCAAAAUUUUCUACCAUCGCUGCACCGUUACAUAAAUAUUCUCCAGCAACAGUACAACAACAAAAGAAUAAUAAAAAAUUAAAAUUUGAACUAUCUGCUGAAGCUAGAACAGCAUUCCACCAACUCAAGAAAAUAUUAACAACUGAUCUUAUUCUUGAUUUUCCUGAUGAUACAUUAACAUUUAAAUUACAAACUGAUGCUUCUGUAGAUGGAAUUGGCGCUGUCCUAUUACAAAUUACUCCGAAUGGUGAUCGACCAUUAGCAUAUAUGUCAAAGAAAUUAACAAAAACACAAACUAAUUGGCCGACAAUUGAACAAGAAUGUUAUGCAGUAGUACAAGCAAUAGAAAAAUGGGACAAAUAUCUUCGUGGAGAUGAAUUUAUAUUAGAAACUGAUCAUGAACCAUUAAUUCAUUUUUCAAACAAAGAACAAUUAAAUAAAAGAUGUGAACGAUGGCGAUUAAAAUUAGCUGAAUAUCGAUUUAAGAUUGGUGUUGCUAUGACCACUUCCGGUGGUUUCAUCGGAUAUUCUGGUGGUAGAUGGAUUUCAAUUCGAAGAGCAUGA